UCAGUCAGCUGACGCUCAGUCGACCUUCUCGUCUGCGGGAGAUCCACACAUCAAAACACCAGCAUCCUUCGCAGUGAUUCACAUACACCCCGUUUUCAGGCAUGGCGAGCCAGUCUCAGGGCAUCCAGCAGCUGUUGCAGGCUGAGAAACGAGCGGCAGAGAAGGUCGCAGAAGCCCGUAAACGGAAGAAUCGGCGUCUGAAACAGGCCAAGGAGGAGGCGCAGGCUGAGAUCGAACAGUACCGCCUGCAAAGGGAGAAGGAGUUUAAGACUAAGGAGGCUGCGGCCUUAGGAUCCCAUGGCAACUCUGCUGUUGAGGUGGACAAGGAGACCAUCGAUAAGAUGAGCUGCAUCCAAAAGAGUUAUCAACAGAACAAGGAGGCUGUGCUUGCCAACCUGCUGAAGAUGGUGUGCGACAUUAAGCCAGAGAUCCACGCCAACUACCGCGUUGCUGUAUAACACAUUUGUCCAAUCAACACAUCCAUUAAAAUCCCUAAACACCCACAAAGCACUGAGACAAAGACUGCCACUGGGCAUAUCACAUCUUAAAAGAUGAUCGAUGGCUGGACUCCAGCAUAUACACACAGCUCAACAAAACUAUCAUCUUCUGCUUUGCAUUGCAACUACACAUUUCUGACCAUUUACAAAAUAUUUGUUGAUAAUGUAAACAAAAUGAAUGGUGCAGCCAUGCUACCUUUCAAAUCUCACAAGCUGGCGAUAGGUUAAAGAAUCAGAGGUUCUGGUAUUCUACAUGCACACUUUAAUUGUUUUCUACAUUGUUUGUUUAUAUAUCUUUUAUAUGAUCCAAUGAAAGUCUUUGUCUCUGCCUUCUUAGUUAACUGUAGUAUUGUCAGGUUUAUCAGAGUGAGUUUCUUUGUGAAUGAUACCUUUAGUGUUUGUGUGAGUGUCUGUAUCUUGAUGCUACUGUAUCUUGUUAAUGUAUAAGUAAUCACUUGUUAAUGUUUAACUAAUCAUUGCAUACAAUACAGAAUUUAUUUGUAUUUAUUGACUGUUUUGUGACUGCUCAUAAUUGGCAUCAUAAUGUAGUAAUAUUAAUUAAAUUCUCUUCACAAUUCCUUCCUGCUCUCUUGUUCUGUAUAUGUAAUUAC